ACUAGAUGUCUCACUGAUGCGUGUGAUUUUUCUGUGAGGACAGCGAUUCAAUGAUUUCCUCCUAUCUUGAAAGUUGGAAUUAUACCUAAUGUCAAUGCUCCAGGAAUUAUCCCAGUAUCACCAGUUUAUAAAAGAUUUGGACGCUGGAAACAUCAUUUGCUGUCGCCAGACAUGAGAGAACGGAUUUUUCAACUAUGGAUUUUUUUACUGCUCUAUUUCAUGAUACCAUACAACAGAUGUGCUGAUCCAGUAACUGUUGAGUGUGGUAAUACAAGGAAUGAUACGAUCAACGUCACGUAUGUCGGAGAGGCCACAGCCGUAUAUUCCACUGCUAAUGAAGCAGGUUGUGCGGCGACAGAGACAUCGACUGCAGUGUGGGAAAUCGAAAGGGUUAACGAUAAACCAUGUGGAUUAGAGUGGGACCAACAGUUAGAAACUUACACAUUCAGUAUUCGAGUGCAGGACGAGGUUAUAUUAUCUAACAGCGACCCGGUUUAUACAGUUACUUGUGUCUAUGGAAAUUCAACACGUGAAGAGCUUUUGAUAACAGUGCAGGAUCCUAACUUUAAAUUGCUCGUAAAAGCAUCUACAGUUGAUAUAACAAAUUUAGAGUUGACUGUUCUUGACGAAAACAGUCAGAAUAUUUCAACGGUCGAGCAAGGAAAACAAAUUAAACUCUUUGUUGACGCUAACAAUGUUACUUCAGAUACUGUUGAUGUGACGUCAUGUUCCAUUGUUGACUCUAUAAACGAGGAUGAUCCCAAUUUUAAACUUAAAAUUCUGUAUCAAAGUUGUGGAACUGGUUAUCAGUUGGCAUCCAACCAAGGAUUUCGUGUAAUAAAACAGAAUACUUUUCAAACAGACUUAUUCACUUUGCAGAACACGUUCACUGGAGUUCGUUACGUUGUCUGUUAUUUAACUGUAUGCUUUUCAAACACCACAACAUGCAGUCAGGGCUGUGUAAUCCCGUAUCAACCACAAAGUGGUGCAGUACAGAGUAUAAUAGCUACAGCAAAAUUAGAAGUACAAGAGCCUCCUCCGGUCACCACCACAACCACCACUACAACUAAAGCGCCGACGGUAACUUGUAAUCCAUCAAAUAUCCUGCAGACAUCUGAUGAUUUUGCAGUACAAGUUCCUUACAUCGUUUCCUUAUCCGUUCUUCUGUUUAUAUUAAUUAUUUUUGCUGCACUCCUGGUAGCAGUUAGCAGACAUUAUAUUUUCAGACGUUGUGAGAAAAGACAAGCCGUUUCCCCUCCCCCGAUAUCAUUCAUUCCCGUGCCACAUUUAGAACCUAACUACCCACCAGAUGCUUAUCGUCACCAGUUUCAUCACAGAACAAAUCUACCACGAUAUAUAGGUUAUUCCGAUUAUUCGUCCGAUACUUCAAGCAGCACCCGAUCAAGCAGAUCUCUGAUACGUCGUAAGAGGAAAAACAAGCCAAAGUCGGCUUUGCGUUUUACCCAUGAAAUCGAUAAAUUGCCAGACGAAAGAUUUCGUUUUUACUGUGGCAGAGGCACGUCGUACUCUAGACGAGUAGAAAGUGACCCGACCAUGCUUACUAGAGUACCAAAAUAUUAAUGGUGUCCAUGAAAGAUAUUAAUAUUUCGGUAUAGACAUCGAAAGAUUUUGGGUUCAAGGUUAUUGUUUGCUUUUAAGAUGAAACAAAUUUGAAAUGAAAUGUACACAUAGCACAAGGUCCUUACAAGUAAAUGAUUAUGAAAUACAAAAUGUUAAGUCUUCUAGAUAUAGACGAUUAGUUAUCAGUUUUAUUGAUGUCUUUAUUUCUCACAAAUGUUUGCAUGGUAUAUUCAUUACUAUUUCCUCAUUCUAUGAAUUAACUUCCAUCACUAUUGAUUUUGAAAUAAAUUUAGGUUUUUCUGUUUAGUAUAAAUAGCUAAAUAAUAUGUAAUAAAUCGUGUAUAGGAAAGAACUCUAACCCUUUAUAAAAUGGUCAAUUGUAAAAAUCAAUAACUUAUUUUGGGCUACAAAAUACACGUUGUCAUUCAGUCAAACAUUUACAUUUGUUGUUAUACAUUUAUGUGAAUGUAAGUAAAUAUGAGAUAGGGAGCCAUAAUUAUAGCUUUAAAAGAAAUCUUUGGUUUCGUAGGCUUUUGUUUACAUGAACUAUUGCUUUCAGCAAUUUGACUAGGAACUCUGUUAGGUCCCUUUAUCUAAAUUCGUUUUUAUUUUUUUUUCACAUUUUUAUCUUAUAAGUAGUAAUAAACCAAUUGAACAAACAAACAUAUCAGCUAUGCAUUUGAGCAAAAAUUUAACUUAUAGCAUUAAACUAUAACCAUACAUUUAUGCAGGCUUAUCCAAACCAGGUGAGAUAUUACAGCAUUUUACAAUGGUUGAAUAUGUGCAGAUCGUUCGUGUAUGUUAAAUUGUUGUUUUUGUGUUGAGUACAUAAUGAAUAAAUGUGUUUAUUCCAUAUUAGUAUUAUUUUAGUAGGUUUCUCUAUAUGAA